CCAGUUUCAAUAUGAGUUACACCGUCUAUACAGCCCUCGCCGUCUUUGUCAGCCUCUUUAGUCUCGUAUCCAACCUAUUUCCGGAUACCUUGGAGAGAUGGGGGGUUGCGAGGCGGUGGAUAGCACAGGAAGGUGUACAGAGGCAGAGGAGAGCACCUGUGCCGAUUAUUAGGGAAGCGGGGGCGGCAGGAUGCUCGCAGCCACCUUUGGGAAACUUUGUAUCGGUGUUUGGAGUUGCCGGGAAUGAUGUGGUGGUUGUUGAUUCUCAAGUGUAUGGACGAGCGGCUUCCAUUAAAGGGUCAUUAACAAUUGAAAACUCCACCAUUGGAAGAUCCACCUUCUCCGCCCCACAGUCUUGUCCUCUGCUCAAUGCCGCACACUUGUUCCCCUACGCUGCUCUCAGCGGGUCUUCAGUGCGUGUGGUAGCAAGCGAGAUUAUCAGUGGAAAUAUUGGGGUAAAGGAGGACAAGGAUGUGGACGAGGAGAGCUUGAGUGUGUUGGAGGGCAGGGGAUGUGGAGUCCUGGUGCCUGACUAUGGAUUUGGGUCUUUGGAAGGGGAUUUGAAAGUUCUGGUGGACGGCGUGAGUGACUUGGAACCAACAAUAUCUGUUGCGUUGCACCGAGCUGCACCCCCCAAAUUGGUGUUCAAGUUAUCGUCAUCUGUUGUGGGGAGCAGUAUGACCCAAGUUGCGUACAUUGAUGGCGGAGCACUCGGCCAGGUCCGCCUGAUCGGCAUGUCACUUCCCGGAGGACCUGCAAACCAAAAGCUGAACCCAGGCUCAACACUCUUGGUCAAUGUCUUUGGGACCGGAACGAUUGAAUUGAGAGAUCUGGAUACAAGUAUGGUCACUUAUCCACAUAAAGUCCUAUGGAACUUUUUCGAAGCAGAGCAUGUGGUACUAGACAGUAUCGACUUUUUUGGAACGGUCUUGGCAAAGGGGGGCGUAACUGUUCGCGAUUCUCGUGUUGUUGGUGGGGUAUUUGCCCUUGGGGGCGUGGAAGUCCGGGGAGGUGCUGUCAAGGGGCCGGGAUUUGAUGGGUGUAUGCCAGUGAAGGGGUUGGCACCUCUAAAAGAAAUCCAAAGACAGAAACGGGAUCUCGGGGAGGACAAGAGGGUCACUGUGACCGUAACUGUCACGGAAACCAAGUGGGCAACCCCAACUAUAUGAGUUAUUGCAUAGGUUGGGAGACAGUAUAAUAUAAAUAGUGGUAUGUCCAAGGUGGAACCCUGAAGAAAUGUAAAUAAAUACCCGGACGACCCUCAGGAGUUUGUCAUAUUUGCA